UCUAUUAGUACUACUGGUAUACCAGAUUUAAACAUUAAAUGCGGCAAAAUCGAUGGGAUGUUCGCUACAACUGAUUUUGGUAUAGAUCGAGUCAAAGAAAUUGAAGAUAUUUGGAAUACAUUGAGGUCGGUACAGCCUAAUGGACCUUUAGUGAAUUCCGAAUUUUAUCCGGGUUGGCCAACACAUUGGCAGGAACCAAAUCAAAGACGAGACGCAAAUGCUGUAGAAAAAGUCUUAAGAACAUUUUUGACGUAUAAUGCCAGUGUUAAUCUCUACAUGUAUUUUGGCGGCACAAAUUUUGGUUUUACAGCUGGCGCAAAUGACUGA